GUCCGCUGGACCGCCAUGGGUGUACGCAGUGUGGCAAUCCGCGCCUGCGGGCGAGGUAAGGUCGAUACCGGCGUCCCGCGGAUGGCUGUUCGCGCCUGUGGGGCGGCGGCAGCCGUGGUGGCGCUGCUCUCCGCCGCGAUCGCGCUCCACUGGCCGCCGCUGCACGCAGCGCUACACAGAGCAUUCUCCCUCCGUGCAGCACACUCGACAGAGGACAUGGAAAACCUUUCUCAGCUGGUGAGAAACAUUGUGCCUGCUCUAACGUCGAAGAAGCACAAGGGGCAGGAUGGAAGAAUAGGCAUAGUUGGGGGCUGCCAAGAGUACACAGGUGCACCAUAUUUUGCAGGAAUCUCAGCUCUGAAAGUGGGUGCAGAUCUGGCCCAUGUGUUCUGUGCCAGGGAGGCCGCGCCAGUGAUAAAGUCCUACAGCCCGGAGCUGAUCGUCCACCCAGUCCUUGACAGUCCUAAUGUUGUUGAGGAGGUGGAGAAAUGGCUCCCCAGGCUGCAUGCCCUUGUCGUGGGACCUGGCCUAGGUAGGGACGACCUUCUUCUCAACAACGUCAGGGGCAUCUUGGAAGCAACCAAAGCCAGGGACCUCCCCAUGGUCAUCGACGCGGACGGCCUGUGGCUGAUUGCUCAGCAGCCUGGCCUCAUCCACGGUUACCAGAAGGCCAUUCUCACCCCCAACCGUGUGGAGUUCAGCAGACUCUGGGAAGCUGUGCUCAGUAGUCCUAUGGACACCACGAAUCACAGCGAGUCUGUACUGAAGCUCAGCCAGGCCCUGGGGAACAUCACCCUGGUCCAGAAAGGAGAACACGACCUCAUCUCCAAUGGCCAGCAGGUGCUCGUGUGCAGCCAGGAAGGCAGCAGCCGCAGGUGCGGUGGGCAAGGAGACCUGCUGUCAGGUUCCCUGGGCGUCAUGGUACACUGGGCUCUCCUUGCUGGGCCCGAGAAAACAAACAGUUCCAGCCCGCUCCUGGUGGCUGCCUGGGGUGCUUGCACACUCACAAGGGAAUGUAACCAUCAGGCCUUCCAGAAGUACGGGCGCUCCACCACCACUACGGACAUGAUCGCGGAGGUGGGAACUGCCUUCAGCAAGCUCUUCACGAACUGAGCCAGUGCACUGAGAGGCACCACAGACUGUCCUCCGCUUGCUGAGCCACGGGCCCAGCAUCACUUGCUGUUGGCGGGGUCUUGGCCUAACCUGGCUGACAGGACUUAGGACAUAGCCGUGUAUUCUGACUAAAUUAGACUCAAGAUGUUAUGACAAUAAUCUGGUCUUCUGUGAUUUUCUUAGCUUCUCAGCAGCAGUUGAGAAAAUGAGAAUAAAAUUCCUCCCAACAGCCCAAUUGAAUCUGGGCUUGCUCUGAGACAGGA